GUCGAUCCUCACACACGCGUGACGUGCGUGCUACUGGUUCAUUUGGAUUAUUUCCCUCUAUCCUCUCUCCAUCUUCUCGCAGCGUUGUCACUGUAUGCUCAUUCGAACCGGAUUUACCAGCUCCUCACAGUGAUCCAUCAUACGUGGAAAUAUCUUCUACGAUUAGAGGCUGUGCCAUCACUAAGUGUUCUCACUCGCAUCUGUGAUUAAGCGCAAGCGUUUAAUUCAAUCGUAUUGAGCCGUUGCCAUUCCGUGUGACACCAUUCGGUACGGAAUUCUCGAGGCAGGCCGAAAAGCCUAAGCUUACUGCGAUCCAGUGUUUCACAACACAGCUGUGGAAGAAUCUGUGUUCAGCGCUCUGUUCAGGUUCCAGUCACUCGCCAUUCCUUGUGACCUUGUCAGCCAGUGCGGCUGCAUUACCCAUCACACGGGCCGCGCGACCACGCCGACCGCUCAUUUGACCUUGCAACCACCACGCUCACCUGACCGAUGUGCGCCGCUCUCAAAGCUGUAAAAGUACAGAACGCUAACCAACCCACUGGGUCAGGUAACGACACCAAAUUGAAUGGCAGAAAGGCGAAACCGAAGAGACUCCCAUCGAAAGGCAUUUGCGGGUUAGGAGAAUGUCAUCGGGUAGUAAAAAUCGGUCUGGCUUGUUCGCACUGUUUGGAAUGGUACCAUACGAAAUGUGCAAAUGUGUCCCAACAACAGUUACGGGAGCGAAAUAACUCCCAACAUGCAUUUUGGUUCUGUACUGCGUGUUCCACCAUCCCCUCGUUAAGUGCUUGCUUAUCCUAGCUGAGAAAUGCUACCGGUUAAUCGCAGAAGCAGAGCAGAGGAUAAACAAUGAGAUUACUUCAAUGGGAGCGAGUAUGGACCACAGAAGCGUAGCGGCUGCUAAGCAACGGAAUGCUGAACAAAUCGCUUCCCCUGCACCGCAAUCAGCCACGUCUCCAUCUCCGUUGUCUUCUCCAACUUUGGUAGAACGCCGGGCAAAAACAGACUGUACCUACGUGAAUCAAACUGUACUCACAGCAAAGAAAAUCAGGCACCAUUCAAAACGUCUGGUUAAGCAAAUUCCACUAGACCUGACAUCUAGUAUUAACAAGGAUGGAGCAGCCGAACACCAACCCUUGGUACCUGUAGCUCAAAUAUCUCUUGUCGAGACUAAGCCUCCCAGAACAUCGGUUACAUAUGCAGAGAUUGCUGCAAGGGUCCACCGAGAGGCCGCCGUUGCGUCCUCUUCCAUUGUAAACACCGUUAACGCAAAUGGAGAGAAAAACAGCAAACAAUCACUUGUCAACAAGUCAAGACAAAUGAGUACCAUACCUAGUAGAUCGAUUAAAAAGAGAUCCAACAACAGUGUCCGGACUGUUGUAUGCUCAAAUGUCCCUGAAUCUACCGCCAUCACAUUGCGGGAUAAGUUAUCAGACGACCAAGACCAAUGGCACUCAUUGUGUAUGCAGAUGAGUAUCAAAGCCAAGCCCAUAAACUUGUCACGAAUUACUCGUCAUCCGAACUCGCCACACUAUGGUGAACCCAGACUUAUUCGAGUAACUCUAGAAUCCUCCACCGAUGUAGAAAACGUUUUGCUCUCCGCAAGCGCGCUAAAACACGAAUCCUGUGGGAUACGUAUCUAUCCUGAUGUCCCUUGGAGCGCGCGACAACCAAAACGAAACACCGAAGAGGGGCACAGCAAGCAAGACCGCCUAAACACAAUCUUCAUACAUGGCGUGCCAGAACAUCCUUCUAAUGAUGUUCAAGAGAACGGAAAGCACGAUUUAGAACAGUGGCGGUUCAUUCGUGAAACACUUUCUUUGGAUGAUGUUGUGGCACUAUCGCUCACCAGGAUACCUCUCUCAUCGAAUUAUAGAGGAUGCGGCCCUAGAAUCCUAAAACUUGUGGUUCAGUCAGAGCAACAAGCAAAGGAUGUUUUGGAUCGAUGGCGAAGAAAUCGGAAACAUCUUUCUUCCGAAAUUCGGUUAAAGGUCGCAAACAAUUCGCACAGCUCAAGUAUUAAAGCAACUGAAGCAGCAAGCAUCCUGACGAAUGUUCAGAAGUGUGACUUGACUGCUGCUUUAAUUGACUCUGAAGUAGGUCUAAACGAAGGCUGGGACGCACCUUGGCCGAAUCAAGUUGCAAACGAGGUAUCAUUAUCCCAUCAAAAAAACGAAUAACUGCCGACCUUCUAUCGGUCGGCAUUCUCCCACACUUGACAGCUUCACCUCUCUGCGGGCUCCUAGAGACCGAGAAACUGGCCUGCUUGUAUACAAAUGCUCAGGGACUUUCUAACAAACUGGCUGAACUGAAAGAUCGCCAAGCUUCGGGCUCGUAUGAUGUCAUUGGUAUCACCGAGACAUGGUUGCACACGGGAAUGGCGGACGCUGAAGUGUCGCUACCCGGCAUGUUGCUGAUCCGGAACGACAGGCUCACAAAAGUAGGAGGGGUAAUCCUGUACUACAGAAACGACUUACAUUGCGAAGCCGUGGAGGAUUCAGACUCGCGUUUCCAUGACUCUAUUGGUGCCGGUUGCAGUUAAAAGGCAGGGACGCUUGCCUUAUUAUCUUGGUGUACCGCGCCCCUAACUCAACACCCGAAACCGACUACCACCUAAUGGCUGCUUUAAGGUGCAGUUUACAACAAAAGUACACUCACAUUCUUAUCAUGGGUGAUUUCAACGUACAUUGUUUAGAAGCCCCUGCCACAACCGGCGAACAAUUCAAAACCGAUUUACAAGAUCUAGUAACUACUGUUCCUCUUUACAACCACAUCACUUUGCCCACUCGGUUCAGAAUUGGUAACAGGCCAUCUGUGUUGGAUCUUGUGCUUACCAACGAGGAGCAUAUGAUUGAUGCGUUGGUUUUAGACUGCCCGUUGGGUCGCAGUGAUCACGCAGUGAUCAGUUUCAACUUCGUCUGCUAUGCAGAAUAUCGGAAUGAUAAAGAUGAGACUGUGCGAACCAUCACAAGGUACGACCGACUCUCCCAGCUAGUCAGCGCCACAACAUGGUCUUGCCUCGAAGAAGAACCCCUAGGAUUCGCCUGGCUCGAGUUCGUCAAUACAUUCAGUCAGCUGAUUGCACAGGCUUCAGAGAUAAAAGCUUACAAUAAGUGCAGAUCCGUUUCUUUCGUUAGGAGCAGAACCCGAAAAUGGAUGACAGUACGCAACGCAGCAUGGCGAGUGUACAGAGAAGCUCCAGCACCAGAAACUUGGGACAACUACGUAGCCCAACGUAACCACUGCACUCAACUGUUAAGAGAAGACAAAGCCGCCUAUCAGCAGAACAUCGCAACAACCUUCAGUGCUAACCACAAACUGCUGUACAAGCACGUUAAUAGCCUACGAAAGGUGAGGCAAGGAUUUCCCCCACUCAAGACGGCUGAUGGCCCAACAAGAACAUCUUUGGAAGCUGCAAACGCGCUGCAGAUGCAAUACGCCCCCACGUUUCAAAGGGUCUUGCCACCAAGCGAUCUACCAAACUUUGUGUUCUGCUCACCAGGACUAACCCACAUCAAUUUUACCGCAGAGGCUGUAUUGCAAAAGCUGACUUCCCUACGCAAACACAGCUCGCCGGGUGUCGACGCCAUUCGUCCUGAGGCAUUUGGAGCAGCAGCAAACCAACUGGCAGGACAUUUAGCUCAGUUUUUUCAACACUGCUUAGACCAGAACCAAGUUCCCGCCAUGUGGAAGCUUGGAAUAAUAAGCCCGAUUCACAAAGGCGGAAACAGAACUGAUCCCUCCAACUACCGCCCAGUAACCCUUCUUCCUAUACUCUCCAAGGUCAUGGAAUCCAUAGUUGCCGAUGCACUGGUGUGCUAUCUGGAAAUCUGCAACCUCAUCACUCCUGAACAGCACGGUUUCCGUCGACAGCGGUCAUGUACAACUAAUUUACUAAUUGCACGCAGUAGUUGGACCGAGGCAGCCGACGCUGGAGAAGGUGUUGAUGUGAUUUACCUGGAUUUUUCCAAGGCUUUCGAUCGUCUAGACCAUCGAAUACUACUAUCCAAGCUGCAGCAUUACGGGAUCGGAGACCCUCUUUUAAGCUGGAUCGCCAACUUUCUAUUUCAAAGGCAAUUAGUGGCCAGAGUUCGGAGCUCUUUAUCGGACCCCAUAGAAGUGGAGUGUGGUGUGCCGCAAGGCUCGGUUCUAGGUCCACGUUUGUUUCUGGUGUUUAUUAAUUACCUUGCACAGGGAAUCGCUUCAAACUUCCUAAUGUUCGCCGACGAUAUCAAGAUCUGGCGCAGGAUCCAGGCGAACGCCGACCAACAUGUGCUUCAAAGUGACUUAGAUACAGUGUAUCAAUGGUCGAUCCAAAACUUAUUGCAUUUCAACGUCAGUAAAUGCAAGGUGCUUUCCAUCCGACAUCCAAGCAGCUACUCAUACCGAAUCGGAACGAACGUACUGCAACAAUUAACUGUCGAACGUGACUUGGGUGUCCUGGUUCAAGAUGACUUGGGUUGCUCCAGGCGAUCCGAAAAGGCCUCGAAGACCGGGAACCAACACGUUGGGCUGUUGAGGCGGGCGUUUGGACAAAUAAACAGCUCCAUAUUUCGACAAAUGCUCAGUGCGUAUGUUCGCCCCCAUGUCGAAUAUGCAAUUCAAGCCUGGCAUCCAUGGCUGAAACACGAUCUUAAUGCACUGGAGCAGCCACAACGCCGGGCAUCUAAGAACGUGAUUGGAAUGCGCCAUCGGUCCUACCAGGAGAGGCUGCGACGACUGGGAUUGUUCAGUGGAAGCUAUCGCAGGCUACGAGGCGACCUGAUUAUGGCAUACUUGAUUCUGCGAGACCCACAUCAUGUGUGCCGCUCUUUACUGCAACUCGGCAGCAAUACAAACCUGAGGGGCCACUCAUUAAAACUCGCAGAACAAUACAGUCGUCUGGAGUGCCGCAGAAAUUUCUUUUCCAUUCGUGUCUGUCACCCGUGGAAUGCUCUCCCAGAAUCGGUCGUCUCUGCACCGACACUAACAAUAUUUAAAAGACGGUUGGACGAUGCACUCAUCCACUUACACUUUGUUACUUAACACUAUGUCUCCAUCCUACACCUGGAGUUUACCCUGGAAUUACUUGUUGUUAACUGUGGGUGUUGUGAAUCUAAGUGGAUCGCAGGACUGCAGCGAAGCAAACGAUAAGUCCUUAUUUUCGUAUUUAAAUUGUUAACUAUUUUACUAUCCUUUUCAUCAUAAUUAUUAUGUUGAUAUCUUCACCAACUAUCCAACGGGGCUUGUAAAGCAACGCUUCUUAACCAGUAUAAAUCCAUUGUUCGUUGUUC